CGAAUUAACGAUUUCAAAAUUCCCUCCAAAAGCAAGCACACGUCACGCACUUCCUCCCUCGGCCGAUAGAUGGCUCUGUUCCAUGUCAACAUGGAGAAGCGGGCCUUCCUCCUGUCACAGCUGAUUCAGCGGUUGCAACGUCAGAAGGAACCAAGGGAAGGCCAGCUUUUUGGGUUUCGCACAGAUGAUGGACGGUUACUGGCUAUUGCUCUAUGUACAGAUUACGGGAACUUGAAACAUGACAAAUCCCUGCUACUACCAGCACCUCUUACACCCAUCGGAAAAUUUGAAGUAACCAAAGGUGAUCAUUCCAAACCUGAACUGGAGGAAAAUGAGAUAGCAGUUAUAUUGGACCAAGAUGAUCUUCAUGUGUAUGUUGGAGGAUCCAUUUUUAAUAAUAAAUAUCCAAUCAAGUUUGCUUAG